AUGACACAGGCAGGGUACCCUGCAGGGUUCUUGGCUUGGCGGCGGGACGAGAGCGAGGAGACUACUCGGGCAAGCCUUUUUGUUUAUACCAAUAGCAACAACACAAGGGGCCCAUUUGAAGGUCCCAAUUAUCACAUCGCCCCACGCUGGGUAUACAACCUCACUAGCUUCUGGAUGGUCUUUGUGGUCAUCGCAUCCAUUUUUACCAAUGGGCUGGUGCUGGUGGCAACCAUGAAGUUCAAGAAAUUGCGCCACCCCCUGAACUGGAUCCUGGUGAAUUUGGCCGUGGCUGACCUGGGGGAGACCAUCAUUGCAAGCACUAUCAGUGUCAUCAACCAGAUCUAUGGCUACUUCAUCCUGGGCCACCCGCUGUGUGUCCUGGAGGGCUACACUGUCUCUCUAUGUGGCAUCACAGGUCUCUGGUCCCUGGCCAUCAUUUCCUGGGAGAGGUGGGUGGUGGUGUGCAAGCCUUUUGGUAAUGUGAAGUUCGAUGCUAAGCUGGCCAUAGUAGGCAUCGUCUUCUCCUGGGUCUGGGCAGCUGUCUGGACUUCGCCACCCCUAUUUGGCUGGAGCAGGUACUGGCCUCAUGGGCUGAAGACUUCCUGUGGCCCUGACGUGUUUAGUGGCAGCUCCGACCCUGGCGUUCAGUCCUACAUGAUUGUUCUUAUGUCCACCUGUUGCAUCCUCCCUCUCAGCAUCAUCCUCCUCUGUUAUGUCCAAGUGUGGCUAGCCAUCCGAGCGGUUGCUAAGCAACAGAAGGAAUCGGAGUCUACCCAGAAGGCCGAGAGGGAAGUGUCCCGCAUGGUGGUGGUAAUGAUCCUUGCCUACUGCUUUUGCUGGGGGCCCUAUACCUUUUUCGCAUGCUUUGCAGCGGCCAACCCUGACUACGCCUUCCACCCUUUGACAGCAUCCUUGCCUGCCUACUUUGCCAAGAGUGCCACUAUCUACAACCCCAUCAUAUAUGUCUUCAUGAACCGACAGUUCCGAACCUGCAUCCUACAGCUCUUUGGGAAGAAGGUGGAAGAUGGGUCUGAAGUUUCCAGCACCUCUAGGACAGAGGUCUCUUCUGUGUCCUCUGUGGCCCCUGCAUAAACUCCCCCCACCACCUCCCCCACCCCAAGGCCUGAGAACAAGCAACUGUGCCUCACACAGAAACAAAACCUGCCAUCCCCACUUUUCCAGGCCUUAGUCUUUGCUUUUCUUCCCACCCUCAUCUUGCCCUGUUUCCUUCCCAACUUUGUGGAACAAAGUGUGGAUUCUCCUGUCCUAGGCAACCAGCCACAAAGGUUGCCAAUACUAGUUUCCUGGAAGCUUUCCCACUUCUGGGUUUCCAGUUGUUUAAGAGACCCCAUUCCUCCCUUUCUGGGCAGCCAGAGUCUAAGGCUGCCAAGGUCAUCCCAUUCUCAAAGCAGAGGUGGAACAGAGGGCAAAGACGAGUCCAAGGAGGAGGCACUAGGGAACA